UUGAGUUAAUUUGUAGCCUGAAGUUACAACCAAUUUUGUAGUUAAAUUUUGUCCUAAAUUAUUAAUAUUUCUUGUAAUUCAGUUGGUAUGGCUUAGAGAGAGUCAUGCAUGAGCAUUCCAUUAAUUUUCUAACACCUCCUUCUAUGAUAUAUUUAAAACUCUAUAUUAAUCACUUAAUUCGAAACUUAAAAAGGGAUAAUCGGCAUUAAGGAAUGUACUCCCCCACCAUUGUGAUCAGUGAUAACAUUUUGCAUGUCAAUAUUCUGAUAUAUGCAACUUGUUAUUCUGUGAAAUUCCCAGAAUGACAACACUAAGUUAACGUAGUUAAGAUGAUGGUUAGGUACAUGUACAUAUGCUACAGUAUUGCUCUUCAAUGAGCAAAAAGCCACUUAAGUCAUUGUCAAGUAAUCAUAAAGGGUAAAUUUGGAAUGCACUGAGAUAUCUUCUUCCUAAACAAUGAUCUAUAAAUAGACACCAGUUGGAGCUCAAGUUCCUCAAAGCAAAGCCUCAUAUUAACUCACUUCACAAGCUUCAAAACAUACACACUCACAUUUUCCUACUUUUUCAAACUUCAUAACAAUGGAUGUGGUGACAGGGUUGGUGGCUGAAAAGCCAGUAGUGAUCUUCAGCAAGAGCUCUUGUUGCAUGAGCCACUCCAUAAAUUCACUAAUAUGUAGCUUUGGGGCAAACCCUACAGUCUAUGAGCUUGAUCAGAUACCAAAUGGAAGGCAAAUUGAAAGAGCACUGUUGCAGUUGGGGUGUCAACCAAGCGUACCAGCUAUGUUCAUUGGGCAAGAAUUCAUUGGUGGUGCAAAUGAGGUUAUGAGCCUCCAAAUAAGGAAUGAGCUGGUCCCUUUACUCAUAAGGUCCAAAGCUAUAUGGAUUUGGAAUAAAAGUAAAUAACUUCUGCAUCGAACUUAAACACCAUGUUUCUAUUAUAUAAUGCUACUAGGGCUUGAAUAAGUGGUGUUUUGUAACUCUACUUGUACUCUCUUUUUGGCCGAGUGGAAUAAUAAUCUUUUUUUGUCUCAAA